UGCUAACUACCAAUCAAAGCAACAGGAGAAGAAGAGAACGCGGACGGUACAGUGGCGUCAUUUUAUUGUUCAUUCAUUGGUAUCGAGGCCUACGUCUCUUUAUAGGAUACACAGAAUUCAUCAUGGUGAAAAUUUUUAUUGGCAACCUUGCCUGCAAUGCCACAGCAGAGGAGCUACGGGAACUCUUCGAGAAGUACGGCAAAGUCACAGAAUGUGACAUUGUCAAAAACUACGGCUUUGUACACAUGAGCAACAUGAGCGAGGCAGAGGAGGCCAUCAAAAACCUCCAUCAGCACCAGCUGCACGGCUGGCGCAUGAAUGUGGAAAUGAGCAAAGGGAGGCCUAAGUCCACCACCAAACUGCAUGUCAGCAACCUCGGGGAAGGGGUCACUAGUGAAGUUUUGAGGGCCAGGUUUGAAGAGUUUGGCCCAGUGGUGGAGUGUGACAUUGUUAAGGACUAUGCCUUUGUUCACAUGGAGCGAGUCGAGGAUGCAAUGGAAGCCAUCAGUAACCUGGACAACACAGCCUUCAAAGGCAAGCUGAUGAGCGUACAGCUAUCCACCAGUCGGCUUCGCACUGCCCCGGGAAUGGGAAAUCAUACGGGCUGCUUUGUCUGCGGGAAACACGGCCACUGGUCGAAAGACUGUCCAGUUGGUCGGAACGGUAGCUACAGUGACAGCAUGAGAGGCCACGGCGCCUGGGCCCCGCCACACGAUCCCCCAAGUUAUGGCAGCUACGGGAUGGCCUCACCUGCAGCAGCUGAUUACAUGGGUGGCCCUGCGUAUAGUCAGGCUAGUUACGUAGGUGGGUUGCCUCCACCUCCUCCCCACAGGCUUAGCGGCUACGCCUCUGAACUGGGGAUCGGUACGGCAGCAGAGCACCAGGCUCCUAUGCUGAUAGGUCACCAGCCUUUGAUCGUGACCAUCUCUAUAGCAGCGUCGACUAUUAUGAGAAGUACAGAGCUCGUCCUUUUGGUUCAAGCUAUUUCGAGGAUCGGCGCAUGUCCUACCUUCCCCCUCCCCCACCUUCCUCCAUCUCAAAGCUCUCAUCCAGUCUAGAUCCCUUUGAGCGUCAGGCCCUGCCUCCGCCUCAAGCGCCUGCUGCAUGCUACACAGGUGAGCACACCCCGACCAGACGAGCAGCUGUCCCAUCGGCCGGCUUUGCCUAUGAGCGAACACAGCUGUCGCCCGGCUCUGCCUCCAGGAGCUCAUACACAGCUGCGCGACCCAAGGGUCAUUAUGCAUCACGUUAUGCGCCUUACUAAAGCCAGGUCUGUCUGUGAACUGCAAGACUUUUCCUUUGCCGUCACUUCAAGUGUGAUUCCUUCAGUCUGCGUUGAUGUACGGCAAAGAAUAGGGAAAUGGAGACUCUGUUUGGAAAAUGGUGUCCGUAUCUUCUAGGCAUCUGAGAUGCCCAUGGCCUGCAGAUGACUCAUCCUUUUCAGCCAUGUUCCCCUAGCUUGUUUUCUGAAGGGGCGAUUAGCAAAUGUCACACUGACAUUUUUCUUACUCUGCAGGUUUUCAGCUCGGGUUUUAGCCAAGUCUUUCUUUCUUUACAUGUCUCUGAUCAUUUGUUGCAAAUUGUUCAAAUCGGCAAAUAAUAAUUUUUGGUCUUUCUUUGUCAUUUAGACAUAUUCUUGUUCAGUUAAUACAUGUUUUUUUUUUUUUUAAGAUUACAUGAAGCUUAACUCAUUCCACCUAAUGGCAUAGGUUACCUGUUGCACAGAAGAAUUGGAUCUUGCCCAAGAGAAAAAAGUGUUACAAAUGAUCAUCAUUGCUGCAGCGCGCGGUAACUCUCAAUGUGCAUUUUAUCACAGGUAAAGCCAGAAGUGUGGAAUCGAAUGAUGUAGUGUUUCCCUCUGUAGUGGAUUAAAAGGCUAAAGGCAGCAGCAGGGAAAUGGAUGUGCGUGCAGUCUGGCAUUCAGUUAGCAUUUACAGAGUGAUACUUUGAGUUUAAACCAAAGUUAAGCCUGGAGAUUCUAAACAUUCCAGCUUUUUCUCAUUUAAAUGUGUCUGUGGGUUCUGCUAUUUGUUCAUUUUCUAAUAAUUGAGGUGUCUGCUGGUCUAAAAUUCCUCAACUAAGUGACACCAAAGUGAGACUGCUAGCUGAUAUGGAUCGUGCAACUGAGAAACGGUUUUCUUCCCAGUGAUAGUGGUGCUGACUGCCUGUAGCCAACAACAGAAAUAAGCCACGAUGUGUGAGGGGUCUAUUGUAUCCAUGUAACACUGAGUAGAAACAAGUCUGUGGGGGGGCGGAGCAGAGCUGUGGAAGCUGUGAGGCACUUCCUGUGUACUGUUGAAGGUGCCUUUCCUUGUUUUGCUUAUGAGUGGAUUUGAAGUUUGUAUUUUUCAUACUAGCUGAAAAAAUACCAAUAUACCUUCAAAAAAAUCUGAAGUUAAUGAUUUUUAAUAAAGCCAAAAUUAUUUUGGUGAUGCUCUUUUCAGUUUUUUACUUGAGUAUGAAGAACGCAGUGGUGUGGCUUUAUGUGCAAGGUGAUUCAAUAUUUUGCUCUGAAAAUGCUCCAAUUCAAGGCUUAGUGAGAGAUGGAUAUCAGAAAAUAAAA